AUGUUUCAAAUCAUUAAGGAUACUUCUCAUAACAAUGAUUUAGAGUUUAAUCCCAGUAACUUUUACAUUGAUGUGGAUUUGAAUAUCAUACCCACUAUUGAAGAAAUGUUUGGGAUACAUAAGACGGUCAUUAAAUUAUCUUUAUACAACUACACAAAUACCAUAUGGCAUAAAGUUAUAAGCUUAGGGCUAUCACAACAUGACGAUUAUAAUAUAGAAAAAACAAUACGUCGUAUGUGUUUUCUUGCUUUGAGCCCUAUUGAACAUAUCGGAGAAAUCUGGACUAAAAUAAAAAAUGAAGCACCUCAGAAUGAAAAUUUAUCAGAACUCAUAAGCUAUAUUACUGACACGUUUAUAAUUUAUAAUGGACGUGUGUUAAACCCAACUGUAUGGAAUCAUUACGACACAGACAAUAUAAAAACUAUUAGCUACCUAGAUGGAUUUAACGACUUUAUUGAUGCAAAUAUUAAGAAUUCAAAUCUGAGCGCUAUUGAUUGCAUUAUUAAAUUGAAAAGUAUGCAACAAGACUUCGAGAUGGAAAUUUCGAAUCCAGAAAAAUCCAAUGUAGCCUCAAAUAUUCCCAAAAAAUACAAGUUCUUAGAAGCAAAAUUUAACCAUGCAAAAGAAAAGUAA